AAGCCCCCCUUCAAACACAAAGAACAAAAAUGGAUUCCUUCAGGUGGUCGGAGAAGAGCCAACCCGACGGAGUUAAACUGCCGGAAAGCCCACGAGAGCCCAUAGAGUAUCUAUCGAGGUCAUCCAGCGUCUCCGCUAUGCAGGAGGUUUGCCGGGCAUUAGCUCUUCCGGCGUCGUAUCUGUUUUCCAAGGUCAACCAGGAAAACACCGUCGCCGGCGACAGCGAGUCCGAGUCGGCGCGUCUCUCCGGGAACAGAUUCUCCUUCGGCGGUUCGUCCGUAACCUCCCAUCUCGUGCUUGAACGCAUCAUGUCACAAUCUAUGCAUAAUGGGCAAGAAAUAUCGCCAUUAACUUCGGGAAGACUGUCUUAUAGCAGCGAACACUAUAAUGGUUCGCACACGGAAGAAACAGAUAGCACAGCUCCUAUCUCACCCUCUGAUGAGUUUGAGGAUGUCAUUAAGUAUUUAAGAGCAAACAACACUCUCCAGCCACUGUUCACAAACAUCAAGAAUUACAAUAAUACCAGUGGGAACAACACUCCCAUUGAUGGGAAUAACAACACUGUGAAGAAGUGGCUGAAGCAAAGAAGGAACAAGAAGAAAGAAGAAAGCAGAGCACGCAACGCCCAGAUCCACGCCGCGGUUUCAGUCGCUGGACUGGCUGCUUCGGUGGCAGCAGUGGCAGCCAGCACGGCAGCAGCGUCUUCAACUGGUAAAGAUGAGGCGGCAGCAAAGACAGACGUGGCAGUGGCUUCGGCUGCAAUGCUGGUGGCUGCACAAUGUGUUGAUGCUGCAGAAGCAAUGGGAGCUGACCGUGAUCGCCUCAUGUCAUCAGUUAGCUCAGCGAUUAAUGUCCGCUCUCACGAGGAUAUAUCAACUCUCACUGCUGCUGCUUCCACAGCACUCAGGGGAGCGGCAACACUCAAGGCAAGGGCAUUGAAGGAAGUUUGGAGCAUCUCCACUGUUAUUCCCAUAGACAAGGGGCUAGGAGUUGCAACAGGUAACAACAAUAGCAAUGGCUUCUAUGAAGGACUUGACAUUGAAGAGAAUUUUCUUGGUGUCUGUAACCAAGAAUUGUUGGCCCGGGGUAGUGAGCUUCUCAAGAGAACACGCAACGGUGAUCUUCAUUGGAAAAUCGUAUCAGUCUAUAUUCACCGGGGUGGAAAGGUUAUGUUAAGGAUGAAAAGCAAGCAUGUGGGAAACACCAUCACCAAAAGGAAGGAAAAUGUAGUACUCGAGGUGUACAAGGAUAUUCCUGCAUGGCCUGGGAGGCACUUGUUUGAGGAUGGAGAACAACGCAAAUACUUCGGCUUGAGGACAGAGGUGCGUGGAGUUGUUGAGUUUGAAUGUAAGAAUCAGAAACAGUACGAAAUGUGGACUCAAGGUGUCUCAAGGCUUCUCUACAUUGUGGCUGAAAGGAGGAGGAGAUUUCUUAGUUAGAUGCAUGUAAAAUAAAAAAAUAGUCACAGAAACUAGGAUGGAGGAUGAGUCUUUUUGUCACAAAACCAAUGUGUAAUGCAAAUACAGAAAUGCUACUUGUGCACACUCAGUUGCUCGCCAGCUUACACGUCCAAGUGUAAUUGUCCAAGUGUAAUUGUCUGUGCAUAGACAAUUCAUUUUUACAAACAAUUACACUUACACUUGCGCGUGCAAGCGAGCGUGUAACCUAACCGACCGUGCACAAGUAGCAUUUCUGAUGCAAAUGUGACAGAAGAAGGCAUCACAAUGCACACAAACGUCAAUGUUAAUUAAACACGAGAUCGACAAUCAUCUCCGUGUUUUCCUCAACUUAUUACACCCUUAUGUUUAUAUUCAAGGGUUUUAUGUUGUCCUGCUAAACGCAUGGAAUUCAUGUAUACAUGGUUUGGGUC